AUGUCUCCCAAAAUGCCAGACAAUGCCCAACUAACUACAGAGGAUCGGGAACGCAUUGCCUCUCUAUUCAGCAAACUCGAUGUAGACAAAGAUGGUCGGGUCAGCGUGACUGAACUGGCUUCCAUUAUCAGAUCAGAGCCUCGACAGGCCGCUGUGGGUCAGGAGGCCGCCAAACGGAUUGUUGGGCAUGGAAAACAGGGCAAUACAACCCAGCAGACCAUGUCUUUUCAGGAGUUUGUGAACUAUGUGCGGGAUACGGAAACCCAGCUGAAAUUGGCUUUCAAGCAGGUUGAUCGCAACAAAGACAGCCGGGUGGACAUUGGAGAAAUUCAAACCGCGAUGCGCGAGCUGGGCAUCGAGGUGGGGGAGAAAGAGGCUGCGAAGUUGUUGCGCAAGAUGGACAAGGAUGGGUCUCUGUCGAUUGAUUACUCGGAGUGGCGUGACUUUCUCCUGCUCUCUGGCAGUUCCAACAUCAAGGACAUAUUCCAUUAUUGGAGGCGAGCGUCCGCAGUGGAUAUCGGUGAGGGCAUUCUGGUGCCUGAUGACUUUACUGAGGAGGAGAAAAAGUCUGGAGAGGCCUGGAAGACACUUGUCGCAGGAGGUGAGUGCAGUCUCCUCAUACCGGUGCGAGUUUAG